GAGACAUCACUCAGAAAGGAUAUGAAAAGAAAAGGGCAAAGCUGUUAGCACGGUACAUACCGCUAAUUCAAGGUGUGGAUCCAUCCCUGCAAGCAGAGAACAGAGUCCCAGGAUCUUCGCAAGCUACCGCUGCUGUGUCUAAACAGCAGAAAUCCCGUUCUACCAACUCCAGGGAUGAGCGCUUCCGAUCUGACGUCCACACUGAAGCAGUACAAGCAGCACUGGCAAAAUACAAAGAGCGAAAAAUGCCCAUGCCUUCAAAAAGACGGUCUGUUCUUGUGCACUCUUCGGUAGAAACGUACACACCUCCAGACACAUCGUCAGCAUCAGAAGAUGAGGGCUCGUUACGUCGGCAAGGGCGGAUCACCUCCACUCCGUUCCAGAGCCAUUCCAACGUAGAGCCCUGGCUUAACCGGGUUAUUCAGGGCUCCUCCACCUCAUCCUCUGCAUCCUCCACCUCAUCUCAUCCAGGAGGGAAACCUGCUGCUGCUUCCAAUACUGCUACUGCCACCGCUGCUGCCACUGUGCUUGCAGAUCUCAUGGCACACACCCAGCUAGAUAACCACUCUGCACCUCCAGAUGUAACCACUGGCCUGGUGGAUCACUUACAUCAUGAGCGCCCGCAGGUCGCGUCAGUACGAGGAGUUCCCAGGGACUACAACAGCAGCAUUCUGGAAACGGCAGACGGUGUCCCAGUGAACAGCAGAGUGUCCUCUAAAAUCCAGCAGCUUCUAAAUACCUUGAAAAGACCAAAGCGCCCACCUUUGAAAGAGUUUUUUGUGGAUGAUUUUGAAGAACUGCUAGAAGUGCAACAGCCUGACCCAAACCAACCAAAGCCUGAAGGAAAUCAAAUGAAUGUACUUAAAGGUGAACCCUUAGGUGUGGUAACCAACUGGCCUCCCUCUCUGCUGGCUGCCCUGCAGCGCUGGGGAACCACCCAGCCGAAGGCCCCGUGUCUGACUGCGUUGGAUACCACCGGGAAAGCCGUCUAUACGCUUACCUACGGCAAGCUGUGGAGUCGAAGCUUGAAGUUAGCGUAUACCCUGCUAAACAAACUAACCACUAAGAAUGAACCACUGCUGAAGCCUGGAGACCGGGUAGCUCUAGUAUUUCCUAAUAGUGAUCCAGUUAUGUUUAUGGUGGCGUUUUAUGGAUGUCUCCUGGCAGAGCUUAUUCCUGUCCCAAUAGAAGUUCCACUAACAAGAAAGGAUGCUGGCAGCCAGCAGAUUGGAUUUCUUUUGGGCAGCUGUGGAGUGACACUAGCUUUAACCACUGAUGCCUGUCAAAAAGGCCUUCCUAAAGCUCAGACGGGCGAGGUGGUUACCUUCAAAGGCUGGCCUCGUCUCAUUUGGUUUGUGAUUGAUGGGAAGCAUCUGGCAAAACCAACUAAGGACUGGCAUCCGCAAGUUCGGGACGCCACUGCUGAGAUUGCUUAUAUUGAGUACAAAACAAGCAAAGAGGGCAGCACAAUGGGCAUUACUAUAUCUCAUGCUUCCAUGCUGGCACACUGUCAUGCAUUGACUCAGGCAUGUGGUUAUUCAGAAGCUGAAACACUAACAAAUGUUUUGGAUUUCAAGAGAGAUGCUGGCCUUUGGCAUGGAGUCUUAACGAGUGUUAUGAACAGGAUGCAUGUCAUCAGUAUUCCCUAUGCAUUAAUGAAGGUUAAUCCACUUUCCUGGAUACAGAAAGUCUGCUCAUACAAAGCCCGUGUAGCAGUAGUAAAAUCACGUGAUAUGCACUGGUCACUUUUGGCUCAGAGGGAUCAGAGAGAUGUCAGUCUGAGCUCUUUACGGAUGUUAAUAGUGGCAGAUGGAGCUAAUCCAUGGUCAAUAUCUUCCUGUGACGCAUUCCUGAAUGUGUUUCAGUCCAGAGGUUUGAGACCAGAAGUAAUCUGUCCCUGUGCUAGCUCUUCAGAGGCACUAACUGUCGCUAUUCGCAGACCUCCAGAACUGGGUGGGCCUCCUCCAGGAAAAGCAGUGUUGUCUAUGAAUUGUCUGAGUUUCGGCGUGAUAAGGGUGGACACAGAAGAGAAGUUGUCGGUGUUAACUGUACAGGAUGUCGGUCAGAUUAUGCCUGGAGCAAACGUGUGUGUUGUGAAGGUGGAUGGGACUCCUUAUCUGUGUAAAGCCGACGAGGUUGGAGAAAUAUGUGUGAAUUCGGGUGCAACUGGGAUGGCGUAUUUCGGCCUCCUCGGAAUCACCAAGAAUGUGUUUGAGGCCAUUCCAGUGACAGCAGCCGGCGUGCCUGUUUCAGACCAACCCUACACAAGAACAGGAUUACUGGGCUUUGUGGGUCCUGACUAUUUGGUGUUUGUGGUAGGAAAAUUGGAUGGCCUAAUGACAGUUAGUGGCCGCAGGCACAACGCGGAUGAUGUGGUAGCCACUGCACUGGCAGUUGAACCCAUGAAGUUUGUCUACCGGGGAAGGAUAGCAGUGUUUUCUGUGACCGUUUUGCAUGAUGAUCGAAUAGUGCUUGUGGCAGAGCAGCGCCCUGAUGCGUCAGAGGAGGAUAGUUUUCAGUGGAUGAGCAGGGUUCUACAGGCGAUCGACAGCAUUCACCAAGUGGGCGUCUACUGUCUUGCCUUGGUGCCAGCCAACACCUUGCCAAAGGCUCCGCUCGGAGGAAUUCACAUUUCAGAAACCAAGCAGCGGUUUUUAGAGGGUGCUCUGCAUCCUUGUAAUGUCUUGAUGUGUCCACAUACCUGUGUCACUAACCUGCCUAAGCCUCGACAGAAACAACCGGAUGUUGGUCCUGCUUCAAUGAUAGUAGGAAACCUUGUUGCUGGAAAGAGAAUUGCACAAGCCUCAGGGAGAGAUGUUACCCAGUUGGAGGAUAAUGACCAGGCAAGAAAGUUCCUGUAUUUAGCAGAUGUUCUGCAGUGGCGAGCUCAGACAACGCCAGAUCAUCCCCUCUUCCUUUUGUUGAAUUCCAAGGGCACUGUAGCGAGCACUGCAUCGUGCAUACAGUUGCACAAGAGAGCGGAGAGGGUGGCAGUUGCCCUGACGGAGAAAGGCCGGCUGAAUGUUGGUGACCACGUGGCCCUGGUUUAUCCUCCAGGAGUGGACUUGAUAGCAACGUUCUAUGGCUGCCUCUAUGCCGGCUGCAUACCUAUCACCGUUCGCCCACCUCAUCCACAGAAUCUUGCUACCACUCUGCCCACUGUCAAAAUGAUUGUAGAGGUCAGUAAGUCGGCGUGUAUACUGACCACGCAAGCGAUAAUGAAACUGCUGAAGUCCAAGGAGGCCGCGGCAGCGGUAGAUAUUAAAACAUGGCCCACUAUUUUGGAUACAGAUGAUAUGCCUAAAAAGAAGCUGGCUAGUAUUUUCAGACCUACAUCUCCAGAUAUGUUGGCAUACUUGGACUUCAGUGUGUCCACCACUGGCAUACUAGCAGGAGUAAAGAUGUCACACGCAGCUACAAGUGCCUUAUGUCGCUCUAUAAAGCUACAGUGUGAGCUCUACCCUUCACGUCAGAUCGCCAUCUGCCUUGACCCGUACUGUGGCUUGGGAUUUGCGCUGUGGUGCUUGUGCAGUGUGUAUUCGGGUCAUCAGUCUAUCCUAGUCCCUCCUCUGGAGCUGGAGAGCAAUGUGUCUCUGUGGUUGUCUGCUGUCAGUCAGUAUAAAGUGCGCGUCACGUUCUGCUCCUACUCCGUGAUGGAGAUGUGCACCAAGGGGCUUGGCACACAGACCGAUAUACUCCGGAUGAAAGGAGUUAACCUGUCCUGCGUGCGAACCUGCAUGGUGGUUGCGGAGGAGAGACCACGGAUCGCGUUAACCCAGUCUUUCUCCAAGCUGUUCAAAGACCUGGGCCUCUCUGCUCGCGCCGUGAGCACUACCUUCGGGUGCCGGGUCAACGUGGCGAUCUGCUUACAGGGAACAGCAGGACCAGAUCCAACAACAGUCUACGUAGAUAUGAGAGCACUUCGACAUGACAGGGUGCGUUUGGUAGAGAGAGGUUCUCCGCACAGUCUGCCACUUAUGGAGUCUGGGAAGAUUCUUCCAGGGGUAAAGGUCAUCAUAGCGCACACAGAAACCAAGGGACCUCUGGGAGACUCGCAUUUAGGAGAGAUAUGGGUGAGUAGUCCGCACAAUGCUGCCGGCUACUACACGGUGUAUGGGGAAGAAGCACUGCACGCGGAUCACUUUACUGCGCGCUUGAGUUUUGGAGACACUCAGACCGUGUGGGCUCGGACUGGGUACCUUGGCUUUCUGCGCCGAACAGAACUGACCGAUGCUAGUGGAGAGAGGCACGAUGCCCUGUAUGUGGUAGGCUCCUUGGAUGAAACGCUGGAGCUCAGAGGAAUGAGGUACCACCCCAUUGACAUAGAGACCUCUGUGAUAAGGGCACACAAGAGCAUUGCGGAAUGCGCUGUGUUUACAUGGACCAACUUGCUGGUGGUGGUCGUGGAACUAGAAGGCUCGGAACAGGAGGCGUUGGACCUGGUCGCGCUGGUGACAAACGUGGUUUUGGAAGAGCAUUAUCUCAUCGUCGGUGUCGUCGUCAUUGUGGACCCCGGUGUUAUUCCUAUCAAUUCCCGUGGCGAGAAACAGCGAAUGCACUUGAGAGACGGAUUUUUGGCUGAUCAGUUGGAUCCUAUUUAUGUUGCCUACAACAUGUGA